GAUGCGCGCGCUUCGCAGUUAGUGUGUCACUAGAGCCCGCGCGAGAGGUGGCCUGCAAGGACUGUACCGCGCCAACCUUUUUUUCUGUGCGUGCGAUGUUUUCACUUUCGUCAUUUUGACCGGGCCAGUUUGAUUUGACGUCGCUCGCGCACGGACGUGCCUAGUGCCUAGGUUCCGGCGUUGUGUUAUCCUGUGAUCGCUGGUGCUCCGGAUUGUUUUUGUUUAUGAAAUUAUUUUUGUGAAAAAUAUGGCUGUGAUAAAGUGUUAAUAUGUUCGAUAGUAACAUUCUUUUUAAUUUCUACAAUGAGAUUGCUAAUAGAAGUGCACUACAGUUGGCAAGUACACAGACGAAAUCAUCCACCGUCCCACCCUGAGUCGCAUUCUUCACCAAGAGACCACGUGCUGGAAUGAUGGGCGAGGGCCUGCUGACUCUGACGUACGGCAAGCACCACGCCUGCAUCCUUAACGAGGUGGGGGCGGCGUGGCGUGGCGCCCGCUACUCGGACCUGGUACUGGUCUGCGACGACGCUGUGCCGCUGGCGGCGCACAGGAUCGUCAUGGCUGCCGCUAGCCCUCUCAUCAGGAAAAUACUGGAUGAUACGCCGUCUGUGGAGAGUCCGGUCACGAUUCACAUGUCGGGCAUCAGCAGCACUCUCAUGAGGCAUCUCCUUGUAUUCUUGUACAGCGGCCAAGCCUACAUUGAGUCUGGUGAAAUAGAUGAUAUGCAAGAGUUGUUCGAAUUACUAGAAAUCAAAUCGGACGUAUGGAAAUCAACAAAGGAACGACAACAGGCAGAAGAACGCAACCGAUCGUGCGAGCGACUAAAAUCAAAAGCUUUGAAAACAGAUAUUAAUAGCAAUGAGAGCAGUAAACACGAUGCACCAUCAGGGUCCUCACAUUCAGAGAGUGAACUCGCCACCCCUGGUGCAGGAUACAGCAAAGACAAAGGCGAUGAAAACAUGAGUAUAAAGAAAGAAAAUAUGUCAACCAGUAGUAAUGACGAAAGAGAAGAAGAAGAACAAGAUGGAGAAAACAGAGACAAGGAAUGUGGACGACUUAUGGCACGACGACGAAGCUCUUCAAACCCGGUUAACUUGUCAGUAGCAAGGAAUUCAGAAAACACAGGCAGUGAACACGAUGACUCACAAGACGUUGAUGUGGAAACAGUUGCGGCCAAGAACAUUGCAAGGAGAAGAUCCACAUCAUCGAGCCAGGAAGAUCAACCACAAGAGACGCACUACAGGAGACAACUACUAAGCGACCGGCUAGGACGAGGAAUCGAAAGAGCUAAAAGGAAAUCACAUUACUUAGAACCACCAGAACUAGAUUUACGAACUGUCAAAUUAGAGGAUUACGCGCAUCUUAAGCCUCCUGAUCAAGACCUCAUAUCACUUGUUCAGACGUCUCCCGAAAACUACGUUGUCACACCCCAUCGGAAAAGAAGACCUGGCUUCCACAACUCUCCCUCACAGAAUCCUCCGUUUGUAUCAUUCCCCCCAAGUUACUUAGAAGAAAUAGCACAUCUGCGGUAUACACAAGGACCCGGUAGUGCCGCCGCUGUUGCUAGCGCUCGGCUUGGAGUCAUGCACCCACUGAGUACUUCAGCACCGCCGUAUUUACCCGAGAGGAGUGCUACUCCCCCUACGGCUACGCACGAGGAUGCUCUCAAAUAUCGACCUCCAAGUGCUGGAUCGUGGGGUCCGUGGUUGUGCCAGCCACAAAUGGGUGGAGACGAAGCACCAUCGACGGAACACGAUCAAGGUUCAAGUAAACAAGCACCGGUCCGAGAAUACCGUUGUGAAUAUUGUGGCAAGCAGUUCGGAAUGUCGUGGAAUCUCAAGACUCACUUACGAGUGCACACCGGAGAGAAACCGUUUGCUUGUCGACUCUGCGUUGCUAUGUUUAAACAGAAAGCUCACUUACUGAAACAUUUGUGUUCUGUACAUCGCAACGUGAUAUCAUCCAGCGAGAAUGACGGGCGGACGAACACACCCGGUCGGUUUAACUGCUGUUUCUGCCAGCUGACGUUCGAGGCGUUACCAGAACUCAUUCGGCACUUGUCAGGGCCACACAACAGUUUGCUUCUCAGCAAGAAUCUACACGAAUGACGCCCGGCCACGUGACGCGGCCGCUCGCGUAACUUUGGACUUUAAAACUUCUUCUCUCAAUAAGAGAGUUCAAUUGUGAUAUGUGUUUAGAUGGAUAUAAUGUUAAGUGUUUAGUUUUAAGACAUGUGAUAUCGCAGAGCGAUACUCAUAGUGAGGCAUUCGCGGGAGGUUCCUGCGGGUGUGAUGUUGAUUACUAAUUUAAAAAAUCACAUGUUUGCCGAAUGGGUCCAAAUUGUUAUAAUUUGUUUAAAAAUUAUAAUCCGGGACCAACACCUUCCAAGAUAGUAUUUAUUUGAAAGAUGUAUUUCAUUAGGGUAAAUAUUAUUAAAAGCCACCGACACAUUAAUUCCUUAAGCAUAGAAAAUAGACAUGUUUGUCAAAGAAAAGUUGCGAAGUAUGUAUAAGGCCUAAAGAGAUAACGUCACAUAAACUACCUCCUAAUUUAAAUCAGUAUCUUGAUGAAUCUACUGUGGCGUUAACAUAGGUUCGUAUUGACUCGACACUGUCACGAGUGGACGGUCAAUAGAUCUAGUCAGAAUUGGAACUAAGAAUUAUAACAGUUGUAAGUUUAGCCCAUUACGAUUGGUACCAAUGUUGUUUCAUGAGUACUUUUGUACUUCCAGUAAAAUACAAAUGUUAUCAAUAAAAACCUCCAUAAUGCUGUAUUUCUCAGGGUCACUUAUCCCCACUUUGUUCCAAAAAAUCUGACUUGACGUUUCGCAGCUUUUUUCGACAUUUACAAUCUCAAUAUUAGGUUUUAUCAUUUUUAUGUAACUUCUAGAAAAAAAUGUGUUCGUAAUAAUAUAAUUUAUAGUAUGCACAUCCUUCCAUUUGUUCGUGCCGAUUAUUGCAAUGUGGAUAGCACCAAAGAUUUGUAAAGCAAUAAAAAUGUUUUGGUGUACAAUUAAGAGAAAUUAAAGGGACCUGAAAUGAUUUUGAUUUUGUUAACCUUAAAGUAUGUAGGUACCAAUUUAAUAAUCUCAUCUAUAGUUACUAACGUUCAGUUUUCUGUAACCACUUCUGUAAUUCCGUUGCGAACUUUAUGAAGCUUGAAUAUCUUCUUAUUUUUGGAUUAAUUUACUUUAGUGUUAAUACGAAGCUUACCAGGCAUUAUUUUCAAAUGAAUAUUUUUAUCAACUAGUUCUUUAGCUUUAUUAAAAAUCUUCGAAACUUAUUUUCGAUGUCGCUUUUUAUCGAACACAUUACUGUGGCCAGUUAUAUUAAAGCUAUUAUUUUAGUGAAGGCUGGAUGUUCAAUCUUAAUUAAGGCUUCUAUUAUACAAAGUAUACAAAAUUAGCAAUCUAUUGUUUCGUCAGUACGAUGCCAAAAGUGUUUUCAUUCAUCAAUACGUUGUAUUGUGCCUCGAUUCUUGUAAAGUGUAUUCCAAUAAGCAAGUUUGAUACUGUACUCAAUUGGAGAAUAUUUUCCGUAAUACUCAUUUUGUACAAUCCGUUUAUACGUACUUUUAUUUGGAAUUCCAUUUAUAUUAUAUUGUCAGUAAUAGGCGGAUACUUGUCAAUGCAAUUAUUGUUGUCUAUGUUUACUUCAAUAAAACUAAAGUUACCAACGAGUUGUUCAAAACCUAGAGUAAACUAUGAAAUUGUCGAGUUGCUUUAAUGUCUCUUUCGAACGUUACCUAUUAUACCUGAUUUUUAUCGUUUUUUCGUGUUAUAUUCGACGUCGAUAUUGACGUAAAUAUUAAUUGGGGAACAAUUUAAUUUUAAGGAAUGUGAUUUCAAGGAAUCGUUUAGGUUUAUUCUAUGUGAUAAUUUUCUGUUUUGUCUUAAGUAGGCACGUUGAGAACGCUGUCUUCCAAUGCGUUUUCCAUUUUAAAAUCUUUAGUAAUGGAACAUGUGAAUGUAUUAACAGCAUACGUACUUACAUCUGCUAGUACAAUAAGAUUUGUCUUAUUUCUUUUAUUCUUUAUACAGACUGUAUACAAAACAUUGAUACUAUGUGUUGGUGCUUCAAUAUAUUCGCGUGUUCCAAUACUCUGUAAAUAAAAACUAGAAUUAAGUCAACGAUGCAUGACAAAAAAAAUCGUCCACAAAAACUGCUGCCUAACCUAUACGUAACUUGAACAAAUUGUAUUUUUAUAAAUAUUUUCUUCGGAACCACUUGUAGCGUAGGAUCGUUGUGAUAUUAUCUCGGCGGAAGUCGGAAUUGCCUUAAAAUAUUAAAUAUCAAUGCAAGUAGGUAACUUACUUAAUACGUAAUUUUAGUGUUUCUUACAUGUGUUCACUUGUAAAAUAACUUUACUACCUGUGGUAUGCAAUACUGGAACAUUUUGGAAACAUGAUAAUAUACAAUAAAGAAAAGUAUCACGUUAUGAAAAUAUAAUGUAAUUCUGGAUUGAGAUAUCUAAAUAAAGCACAUCGAAGAAACACUAGAAAACCUAUUCGAAAUAUUAAUUUGUAAAACAUGACGUUGUUAAGAAUAAAAAAAAAUGUAAAUAGUAACUAGUUUAAAGUUUAAUGGUAAAUAAAGCUUAACUUAAUCUUGUUGAACUUGAAUAUUGAUUUUUCUCUGUUAAUUGUAAAUUAAAAAGUAUUUGAUAAGUUUUCACAUACUUGUACAAUUUUAUGUAGAUAUUGUUUAGAAAAUAACAUUCUGUAAAAAUGUGUUCUUACCGUAGUAAAUUAAAUAACGAGAAUAUUUUAGUUACACA